GUGCUUACGUCAUUUAUUGCUAAUUCUCCGUUGAAUUCACACGAGUGCCUACAGUGUAUUGAGAAAAUGACUCGUGAUAUGUGUUUUUUAAUAUUCAUUGUUUUAAUCGGUCAUUGUUUUGGAGAUAAACAGUGCGGUCCUAGUGAACAGUUGAAUACAUGUCCGUCUGCUUGUACUACUGGCAGAUGUCCUGAGAGCCAUGACGAAUUUAAAAACUGCUCCGAUGCAGGCAAAUGCCUCGAAAGCCGUUGCGACUGCCAAUUCAACUAUAGACGAGCGGCGAACAACACUUGUAUACCCAUAGCCAGUUGCCCCAAAUUUAAUUGUACUGGAGCGAACGAAGAGUACGUGGCCUGUCCACCAUACUGCCCCACAGACGACUGUUCCCAAGCCACUCCUGACGGUCACUGUCGUUAUUUUUGGAGCAUUCUAUUUGUAGUGGAAUGUAGACCUUCUUGUCGUUGCAUUGAAGGCUUUUGGAGGAACAAGGGAGUUUGCGUUCCUUAUAAUAAGUGCCCUAAAACCUAAAUUAAGUUUAAUUAAUGUUAAUUCUUAUAAUUGUGUACAUUUAGUGUCACUAUUUAUUUUAUGUAGACCGACUAAAUUACUUAAAUUCUCAGAUCUACAUCUUAUUUACCUACCGUCCUACCAAACACCAACAAAUAACAUUAGUUCUUCAUUUUACUUUUAUGUAUGACAGAAAAAAACACAUUAGAAACAUAUCUAAAUUAUGUUUAUUAUAUCCCUUUUUGACUUGCCUUUUUGAAUUAUGGCAAUUGGAGGGUUUGUCCAUAAUCGCCACGCUGGGCAUGCGGGUUGGCGAUCACAGGGUGUUGCUACUCGGGUAAACGCGUUCUGGAGUGGAGACCGCGAACUGGAAAACGUAGUGCAGGACGCCCUCAAGCUCGGUGGAGUGAUGAUCUGUACAGGGUGGCUGGCAGGAAUUGGAUGA